AUGUCACCUGUAAUAAAGUUGGGUACAGCCACUGCAAAGCAGGAGAGUAUACUUGACCCUGCAGAAGCUAGAAAGCAAGUGGGGUUCUAUAAAACAGCUGCUGAGAGGCAGGAUAGCAUACUUGACCCUGUAGAAGCUAGAAAGCAACACAUUGAUUUCCAGGAUAGCUAUGAAAACCUUCAGCCAUGGGCAGCACUAGCCAUUGUGCUGUUGGCCUCGUCAAAUUCUCUUAUCACUGCAAACAUCAAUUCGGACAGGGCUCUCAAAGGGACGUUACAUCAGUUGCCAUUUCUCGAAGCUAAAGAAACCUCAGGUAACGCUACCGAGUCCGAUGAAGCCCCAGGUAAUUUUGCCCAAGCAGUGUCAACGCUCUUAAUAGAAUUGAGGACCAGUUUGCAGCAAUGUUCAUUGUCUGUUGCUACAGACUUCUAUUUUUACCAUGCAGUGGAUGUCUUCCUUUCCCAUAAACUUGAUGGUACUACUCAAGCAGAUGCUGGGAAAAGCAGUAGCGUUCCUGUGAGUUUGUUUCUUCUACCCUCAUCCAAGGACUCCAUCAAUGAGGUGCUAUUCUCCAUCAAGGAUUACUACAGACGGGUCAACAAGGAGACCUGCACAAAUUACAUAUUCCUCCAGAGGGACGCCAAACAGCUGUUGCAUUUGUUAGAAGCCCUGUACACGGAACGCCUCAAUUUAUUGGCCAGGUUCGUCCUCAUCACAGAUGUCAGGGGAGCUGACGUCAUCAAGUUACUGAGCGCAUCUCCAGUAAGCAAGAUAGUGAAUAUCCUCUUGGCAACACCAGCAGAUGUCACCAAGGGGGCGUUGAAGCUAAAAACUCACGAUUUCUUUCAAAAUAACCAAAGAAUAUCGGAGAGGACACUCGGCACCUGGAGAGCUGACCAAACGUCACGUAUGACUGCUGUGAGAAAAUUCGAUUGGUUCUCACCAAAAUUGGAUAAUUUCAAUGGAUUCGAGUUUCGAGUAACAACAUUCAACCAUCCUCCCUCCUCUAUCUUCGAAGUGAAUGACGAUGGCAGCAUCUCUUACGAUGGACUGGAGAUCAGGUUACUGAAGACAAUGGUUUCGAAACUAAAUUUCACUGUGAAGAUAGCACAGCCCCGAGAUGGAGACAAGUGGGGUAGCAAAUUGGAAAACAAUACUUGGACAGGAGCAAUGGGAGAAACAAUCCGAGGAGAGACAGAGGUAUCUUUUGCUAACUAUUUCAUUACCUCGGAUAGACUGAAGCUCAUAGAUAUGACUCGGCCAUAUCACAUCGACUACACUUGCUUCAUCACUCCUAUGCCACAGCCAUCACCCCAGUAUUCGGCAGUCGCCUGGCCUUUUCAGCUGAAUGUAUGGAUCGCUGUUUUCUUGACGCUCUUCUUGAUUCCACCCGUGAUACGACUGACUGCCAUCUUAGAGGUAGGGACGUGGUUCAAGGACUUUGGCAAUGCCUUCAUGUUUACCCUGGGCACGUUUCUCAACAAAUCACCCCCACCAGAGCUCAUGCCACUUUCAAAUGGGCUUCGCAUUGCUGUCAUCACAAGUUCAUUGGCAACCUUGGUCCUGGGGGUUGCCUACACAUCCUCUCUGAUUGCAUUCUUGCUCGUUCCGUUGCCUACGCAGCCUGUAAACACUCUGGAGGAUCUCCUCGAUUCAGAUCUUCAGUGGGGAGUCAGGGAUACAGGAGGGUGGGAAGAAUGGUUCAGCAACUCUAUUGAUCCAACGUCUCGUAAGAUAGCUGAGGGAUUCAAGUUUGUUCGUGGGAUUGAGGCUGGCAUAGCCAGAGUACUUGAAGGGAACUUUGCCUUUAUGAACUCCGGGACUUUCCUUCGAUACCUCGUUUCCAGCAACUUCACGAAUGAAUAUGGACAAACAGAACUCCAUGUCACCAGGGAAUGCUUUGUCCCAUUUAGGGUUGGCUUGGGGAUGCCACGCUUCUCUGUUUACACUUCAAAAUUCAAUGCUGUCAUUGAUCGUGUUGUAGAAGGUGGUAUGGUUUCUCGUUGGUUUCAAGACCUCUUGCAUAAGGCUGAAAGGAAACAGCGAGAUAAAACAAGGAAAAUGCAGAAGUUAAGUGAAAAUCGUGAUCCUACAUCAUCUGUUGGGAAAAAAUUAAGUUUGUACCAUCUUCAGGGUACCUUUAUAAUCCUGUGUGCUGGCUGGGUACUUGCCUUUGUGGCUUUCAUCUGUGAGGUUUUGUUUGGCUCGAGAUGUGAUCUCAAAUUUGACAGCAAAGGCUUGAAGCAUGAGGGCAAUUAAGUCUGGCCUGGUAAAAAGGUAAUAAUUUCAUGCAUUUCUUCCAUGUGUUCACUUGGAAGAUCUAAUGGUCUUGAUAGGGAUUAACACCGAAAUAUAUAACCUCUAGACCUGGAAAACUCAUUAAAAGUACUCGAUAUCCUAUGGAAUGCCUCUAAUUCUUGUCAGCUCUUCCCCAUUUUUUUCAGUAGUAAAAUCAUAUACUUUUCUUUUUGCAUGUACUUAACUAUGGAAUCUUGUAAUUCCCAUAAUAAUGACAGAAGGAAUGUAUUUUAAACAGGUUUCAGGCAAAAGAUUGAAUUAAAUGAGAAACUGUUUACGAGUUACACGGGAACGGUUUUUUUUAUUUAUGCUGACACAAAUCUUAGUUAUUGCCAGGUUGCUACUCGUGUGCAAAUCUGGAGAAAUGAAACAUCAGUAUGCUGCUCAUAUUGCUGAAUUCACGAUUAAGAUAGUUCCCCACCCAGACAAAUAUUGACUCCU